CACAAACACCACCAGGCUGUACGAGAACAGAAACACAUCAAAUGGCCUCUUCCACCACCUUCCUUGUUCUCACCGCUGUUCUUGCAUUGCUCUCAUGGCAAGUGAUCGCUUCUGACCCAAGCCCUCUUCAGGAUUUCUGCGUUGCUGACAAGGAGUCCCAUGUGCGUGUCAAUGGAUUUGUCUGCAAAGAUCCGAAGGACGUGAAGGCAGAUGACUUCUUCCUAGCAGCCAACCUCGACAAGCCAAGGGACACGACAAUGAGCAAGGUUGGGUCCAAUGUCACCUUGAUCAAUGUCAUGCGGCUCCCCGGACUCAACACCCUCGGAAUCUCCUUGGCACGCAUUGACUACGCUCCACUAGGCGAAAACCCUCCUCACACGCACCCCCGUGCAACGGAGAUCCUAACAGUGCUGGAGGGAACACUCUAUGUUGGAUUUGUGACAUCAAACCAAGAUAACAAGUUGUUCACAAAGAUGCUCAACAAGGGCGACGUGUUCGUAUUCCCUGAGGGGCUCAUCCACUUCCAGUUCAACCCUUGCCCUGACAAGCCAGCAGUUGCAAUUGCUGCACUUAGCAGCCAGAACCCUGGCGCUAUUACCAUUGCCAAUGCUGUUUUUGGAUCAAAGCCACCAAUCUCGGAUGACGUUCUAGCCAAGGCAUUUCAAGUGGAGAAGAAGACUGUAGACUGGCUGCAAGCUCAGUUCUGGAGCGACAAUCACAACUAAAUUGAUUGCAUAUAGUAUCCAUACAAAAUAUUCUAUUGUUUUCAUUUUUCUUGAUUUGUAUUAGUUCUUGGUUCAACAUUGCAAUAAAUAUGUGACCAGAAGAUCAUUUGCUA